AUGUUUUUUAAAAAAAUCCAAAAGUCUAUUAAUCUACGUAGAUUUUUUAGCGUAAACAUCCCUCUUAAAAAAUUACAGGUAACGACAUCCAGAUCCUCUGGCCCUGGAGGCCAAAGUGUAAAUAAGUCUGAAACUAAAGUUCAAAUUCGGUUCAAUGUGCAAUCCGCUGACUGGCUAACCGAAGAUUUGAAGGAUAAGUUCCUAAUCGUUAAUAAGGCCAAGAUAACCCAGAAGGGAGACUUUAUUGUUGAAUGUGAUGGUUCCUUUAAUGGAUUCUUAUUAAACUUUUAG